AUAGAAAUCAGGAUCAGGUGAUCUGGGCGUGUGACUGCCCAUACCUAUCGGGUCGACUACAGCAGUCCCCAGUGUGACGAACUGAAUCCAAUAACCAGCCAUGCCCACGUCUGCUGUUGUGGCCAUUGUUCUGGUAUGUGCCGGGCUACACCUGGUCCGCAGCGACUGUCUGCUGCCUCUCAACCCGCCUGUUGUCAUCAAGGAGGGAGAUCGCGUCUGUGAACCCAUUCGACCUUGGCUCAAUGAAACCGAUCAAGAUUAUGGAUCUCGGUUCUUGCAUUGCUUAAAUUCUAGGUUUAUUGCUUAUCAGUGCCUGAACAAUAUGAAGUUUGAUAUAAACAUCAUACAGUGCUAUGAGGGGCCACCCAAAUGCUUCUUACAACCCCAAACCUCCACCAUACGCCCUACCUUAGGCACACAGCCCGCGUCAGCAACCACUGCAACCCCAGUUCUACAGCAGUCAACCCAACAAGUGCAACCACAACCUGCACCAUGGACAAGCACAGCCCAACCAACAACAACGGCACAACCAACCAAACCAACAACCAUGUGGCCAACCCUUAAUGCACCAGCAUCAACAACCAGGCAGCCACUAACGUCAACCCCACAACCCCCACCAACGUCAACUCCACAACCCCCACCAACGUCAACCCCACAGCCACUGCUACCAUCAGUAGCUCAAUCGCAAAAACAGCCAAUAUCUGCCUCAUCAUCUACAGAAUGUAACAAGCAGACCUGCCAGUUACCCAAUUGCUUCUGUUUUGGAGCUACGCCUGACAUGGAGCGAGAGAAAACUCCGAUGAUGGUGAUGUUGUCUUUUGACGACGCUGUUACCAACGCUUUCAAUAACGACUACUACAAGAAGCUUCUGAUCGACACCACGUACAACCUCAGCAAUCCCAACAGCUGCCCCAUUAAGGCGACAUUUUUUCUUUCCACUGACUACACGGACUUCGGCGUGGUCAAACAGCUGUACGAUAAAGGCAACGAGUUCGCUUCCCACACCAUGCAUCACAUUUUGGCAGACGGCGGCAGUUUCCAGACAUACGAGGAAGAGAUUGUGGGAGUAAGAAACUUGCUGCAACAAAACUCUCAGGUCGACCCCCUCAAGGUUGUUGGCUUCCGAGCCCCUUACCUUAAAUUAAGUAACUUGAUGUUUGAGGUACUGAAUGCUACAAAAUUUAAGUACGACGCUAGUGUUUCUAACAUGGAGAACUACAAGGGUCGAUCUCACGUCUGGCCGUACACAUACGAUUUUCCCAUACCCCCGGAGAAAUGCCCUAACGGCCCAUGUCCAACGAAAAGCUACAAAGGGUUUUGGGGCAUCCCACUCAACAGCUGGUCAGACGACAAGAGCUACUGCAGCAUGAUUGACGCCUGUGUUAUUGCAGAUCCCGCAGACGACGAGCCGACUGUCAAAGAAAAAUAUCUCAAAUAUUUCAGGAAAAAUUUCUACAACGAUUUUUAUCCUAAAAAGAUACCAAUGGAAAUCUUUACACAUUCGGCGCUUUUUCUGCGAAACCCUGGAAGCUUCCAAGCACUGUUACAAUUUAUAGAAGAGCUGACAAAAUUGAAAGAUGUUUGGUUUCUGACACCUAGUCAAGUCAUCGACUGGAUGCAGGGACCAGUUAGUCAGAAAGAUGCCAUUGAUGGCGCUAUAUUGUCUUGGAACUGCGGAACCGUCAAGCAAUAGUUUACAAUAUAUAAAUAAGAUACUACA